CCCCCAGCGCCCGGCGCGGCGCCGCGGCCCCGGGAUGUCGCGGAAGAAAGCGGCUCGUAGCAAGGGCGGCGGCGCCGCGCCCUCCGCCGCGCUGCCCCCCGCCGCCCCGGGGCCCGGCCGUGCUGCCGCCGCCGCCGCCCCGCGGGGUUCCGCGCCCGCAGCCCCGGAGCUGCCCCGCAACGGCGGCGCGGCGGCAGGGCGGCCCUCGCUGAGCAGCAGCGGAGAGUUCUACGACCUCGCCUUCAAGGUUAUGCUGGUGGGCGACUCGGGGGUCGGCAAAACCUGCCUGCUGGUGCGGUUCAAAGACGGCGCUUUCCUUGCCGGCAGCUUCAUUUCCACGGUUGGGAUCGACUUCAGGAACAAGGUGCUGACAGUGGACGGGGUGAAGGUGAAGCUGCAGAUCUGGGACACGGCUGGGCAGGAGCGGUUCCGCAGUGUCACCCAUGCCUAUUACCGGGACGCCCAUGCCCUGCUCCUGCUCUACGAUGUCACCAACAAAGCGUCAUUUGACAACAUCCAGGCUUGGCUGACAGAGAUCCAUGAAUACGCACAGCAAGAUGUGGUCCUCAUGUUACUAGGAAACAAGGUGGAUUCAGCCCAGGACAGAGUGGUGAAAAGGGAAGAUGGAGAAAAAUUAGCCAAGGAGUAUGGAGUGCCCUUCAUGGAGACCAGCGCCAAAAGUGGCCUCAACGUUGACUUAGCAUUCACAGCCAUCGCAAAGGAGCUGAAGCACAGGUCCAUGAAGCUGCCCAACGAGCCCAAAUUCAAGCUCCAUGACUACGUGAAGAAAGAAGUGAGAGGCUCGGGCUGCUGCCGGUCCUAACACGCUCGGUGUGUCUGUACAGAGACUCACGCCCCGUGUCUGUGUGCCGCACGCUCUCUUCGUGGCCAGUGUGUGCAUGUCUGUCUGUCUGUCUGUCCUGUCCGUGUCUGCUGGAAAGCUGAACCGAGACGUGGGGAAUGGAAGCAGCAGCAAAACGAGGUCUCUGGGCCGGGGCCGUGUGUGGCGCUGCUCCCUGAGCCCCCGGCGCGUCCCUCGGCACCGCCAGCUCCCCCCUCACAGCCACUGGGCCCCAGGGGGUUUUGGGGGGGCUGGUGUCCCAGCAUCGCGGCAUUACAAGGCUUCUUUAACAGUCGUGACCAAGGGGAACAAACGCCAUCUCCCCACCAAACGUCUGGGUAGGAAAAAGUCCCAAAUUCCCUUUUUCUUUCCUCAUGUACCUGGAAUUCAGCUGUUGGGAGCCCUGGCCUGGGGCACACCAGACUUGUUUUCAAGUCAACGGUUUUUGUGGUUGCUUACGUAUGUCUGUCCGUUUUCCUGUGGUUUAACACGCCUCCACAAUGAAGGUUUCUCCCCUUCCCUGCUGAAGACAAGAGCUUCGCUGUCUGUUGAGUGAGCUCCUGCUGACCCGUCCGUUGUACAGAGGUUCCUGAACGUUUAUCUGUUCGGUGAAGGCUUUGGUUCUCUUACUGCCGCCGUUUCUGGUACUUUGAGAAGAAAUCUGAUGUAUUGCAGCUUAUUCUAACUAACUUCAUGUAAGUGUGAUAGCAUUUUUAGACUGCAACAAUGCUUUGAUAUCUUCAAAGUUCUCUCGGGACAGCUCUUUCUGUUCACUGAAGACAGCUGGGGGGCUGCUGGCGCCAUCGAUUUCACAGCUUUCAGAUGCUCUGCCAGCUCUCUUCAAUGGACUCCUCACCCUUUGGUCUGUGUCAGGCAUUUGACUUUUUUUUUUUUUGAAAAGCUGCACUUCUAAGUACAAAUUUGAAUUUGGAUCAAGCGUUUGUCCUUUGGUAAUUUUCUUCUUUGAAAAUUUCAUGUGCGAUGCCAGGUGCCCACUGUACUGAACCUCCCUGCAUUGCCCUAAAUGGGCCAACUUGAAAAUAAACCAACCUAAGCCAAGCAGCAGCUCUCAGGGUGGGUUCGGACACCCCUGUCCCUCGUUUUGCCAGAGCAGCAGCUCCAGCACCACGUUCCUGCCCCACACAAGGACCAUCUGCAGCUCCCAUGUGGGAUUCAGGCAGGUGGGGGCUCCUCAGGGCUGUAAAAUGAGCAGCUACUGCUUAAAGUGGGUCCAACAUAACAGCAGUAUAAAAGAGGAUCCUAAAGUAAACCUGCUGCAGACACAGCAUUUUUUUUCCUAAACAGCUUUUUAGGAAGAAAUAGGUCUUUGAGCCAUCUGACUUAAAUCUUGGCAUGGCAGGCAGGACCCACACCCAGCUCAGCAAGUCCUCCCUUAAGAUUUCUUUGCAAGUAGCAACAGAACACAAGGAGGCUCUGAAAGCUACUCAAGCAUUGCCAAGAAACAUGCAGAAACCUGUAAAAUUCCCCAUUUUCAUGCUUGCCUGGUGUCUCCUCCAGCUGUUCUUACUGGGCUGUGCAGCUCACACAUGCUGAGGUUAAGGGAAGAGGGAGGGGGAUUUUCUCUAGUGCUGAGCUUGCCAAGGACCAGUGCUCUGGGAUCCCAGCCCUAGAAGCUACAGGGAGCUCCCUGAAGUAGAAAAUAAGCAAUUUUCUUCACGCUCCCAUCAUUGCCUCUUCCCCACAGGGCAGGAGAGCCUUGCAUUGUGCUGUCUUGAAAAUAAAAAAAGCUGAUAAUACUUAACUUCAAUGUGGGACCAAAACUGAUUUAAAAAUCUAAUUUAAAUAAGAUGUAUAUGCUGCCCUUUGGAGUACUUUAAAUAUGCCUCUUGGGAGUUAACACUACUACAGCAGACACAUCACAACUGCAUUUGUGGUAUUUGACCUAAACUUUAAGCCUGACUCAGCCCUAAUCUCUCCCUGUCCCUGCCCUAAGCUCUUCCUCAGACUCUUCUUUGGCAUCUUCUUAUAUGGGCCUUUACUGCCGCCAAGCGACAAAGAAUUAAUUGUUCAGUGCAUUCAAACAAGCUGGAGGACUCAGCAUUACAAGCAACUUAUUUUUGCUGGCUCCCGUUUACAGCUUUUGUUUCAUUCCUGUUAAUAAAUUUUUUUAAUAAUC